AGCUAUCACCAAGGAUCUGGAUUAUCUUGGUUUGACAGUGGAUGAAUUAUACGCUGAAAAGUCAGAGUUAUUACAACAGUUGGAAGAAGAAAAGAUAAAGAAUCAAAGACAGCUGGAGGACAUGAAUGAGAUUAUGAACAAGAUGAAAGCAAAUGCUGAUAAUGCAAGAGAUCAAUCAUUUGCUGUAGAUCAAUAUAAAUCAGAGUUGGAAAAUCACUUGAUUGAGUGUAAACAAGAAAAGAGACAACUACAACAGUCUAUUGAACUUGGAGAUAAAAGAAUAAGAGAAUUGACUAUCGAACUGAAUGUAUCAAGAGAACAAGUCGAAUCACUGAAAUUGACAAUGGAUCAACUGAUUCAAUCUCAUGCCGCAGAAAUAAGUCGUGUAACAGCUUCGGCUGCCGCUGCUGCUGCUGCUGCUGCAUCGGCAAACAAUAAGAAAGCACAGAGUUACCACAUGAAUACACCCAAUGGAUCACCACAACUUCCUCCCAAAGAAGAGGAUGACCUGUGUUGUUCACCUAUUCCUAGUAACUUACCAGCACCCUCUACUCCCACACCCUUUGGUACCCCACAAUCUAUGGAUAGCGAUUACCGCAUCAAGAAUGAACUUGAUGCAUCUGAAGAAAAGGAUCUUGAUAGUCAAUUGAUGAAACUUACCAAGGAAAAGGAAAAGCUUCAAUCAUUUUAUUCAAAGAUUCCAUUAUCAGGCGGAGGCCCUCAAUCACGACGACGUAAAGAAGAACUUGAAGCAAUGCUGGAUCAAGUAGAUUCUCAACUUAGUAAAGUUAAGCAAAGAAUAAGACGCUCCUAAAUUAUUUUCAUUCUAUGCUUCACCUCCCCUCCUUUCGACUUUCCUUUUUAUUACACACACACAUUCAUAUUAUCACACAGCAUAUUCCACUUUUUUAUAUAUCUUAUAGCCUUGAACCUUUAGAAUUCCCAUUCAUUUACUCCCCCCUUUUCUUUCCUUUUUUUUUCUUUUCAUAUACAAAAUCAUUUAAACAAACUGAC